GUGGAUGUGAACCUCCUGAAAGCAUGGUUGGACGGAUGCACGAGGUGGCAUGAGGGUGUCUGCGAUAGAGAUAUUCGAACAGUCGACAGUGCGCCUCUGAAUCUGAGGCUGGUUGACGUGCGGAAUCUUUGCGUAGUUAAAAUGUCAAAGGGUGAGGUACCCGAGUACGUGGCGUUGAGUUAUAUGUGGGGAAGCCAGAAGAUGAAGGAAGAGACAGGGAUGGAGCCAGCCAUUUUGCUACGGAAGAACAUCGAAUUCGACGCGAAUGGUGAUGAGAUGACGCCUUUACGCAAGAACUUACCGAAGACGAUCGAGGACGCGAUAAAUCUAACGCGGAUGCUUGGAUAUCGCUAUCUUUGGAAUGACGCUCUUUGUAUUAUCCAAGACAAUUCAUUGGAGGAUAAGAUUCCAGAUCUCACCAACAUGAAGGUCAUAUACAGCUCCUCAAGCCUUACUAUCGCUGCCGCUGGCGGUGCGCACGCUGAUUAUGGGAUUCCCGGCGUUAGUGUAUCUAGGAAGGUCCAUCAGUUCUCAGAGGUGGUAGAUGGCCUUCGCCUCGCAACAAUGUUUCCGUCUUAUACUGAUCUCGAGAACUCGUCCAGUCUUCUUUGGAACACCCGAGGCUGGACAUUUCAGGAGAAAUUACUAUCGAAAAGACUACUCCUAUUUACGGACUAUCAAGUCUACUUCAAGUGCUCCGAGUCU